CCUCACAUACGCGGAAGCGGAACAAACCACUAGCUUGUCGGUUCUCAAGUCAGUUCUUCUCUCCACAAUAAACUGGAUCACACCCAGUGUGAGUGUAAACAGGGUCGUGUCUUUAUUUUCACGGAGAUAUUGUUCACUUUCAGCUGUACGCAUUGACCGUGGUUCGGUUCGUGUAUCGGCUCGCCGUGUCGGCUCAUGUGUCGGCUCGUGUGUCUACACCAACUACACCAAGAACUGUGUGCUGUUUCUAAUUACUGCUUCUCGCUAGUGUAGGUUGUGGCUGUUAUACAGAUAAAAAAAUACCACAGGAAUUCACCAGUGUGUUUAUAGUCAGAGUGUGAACUCCAGAGACUCCACGUGACUCCAGAUCACCUCACCUGGAUGACUGUUACCUCACCUGGAUGACUGUUACCUCACCUGGAUGACUGUUACCUCACAGACAUAGUGCUGGAUCUUGGUUACAACACCCCACCUAGGCUACUCGGACCAUAGGACACUCAUCAGACUGGUUCUGUAAACCCUGGCCAGCAGUAAACCAUUAUUAUUACUUUUUUAUAUAGAAGCUCCAUCUGAAUUCAUAGAAUUCCGUCGGUUCCUGCAGCCCUUAAAAAUGUAUCACUGCUCAGAUUGUGGGAAGAGUUUUAAAAGAAGCUGUAAUUUCAGAAAUCACCAGCACAUCCGCAGAAAGAAGCAGCUGAAUGACUCCUCACAUGGUAGGAAGAGUGUUAGUAGGCAGCGUAAAGGCCAAAAGCGUGAGCAAAUCCACAAGGGAGAGAAGUCGUAUUAUUGUGAGCUGUGUGGCGCUGGUUUUACCAGAAAGUUAAAUCUCCAACGGCACAAGCUCAUCCACACGGGAGAGAGGCCGUAUCCCUGCUCCCAGUGUGGAAGCAGUUUUUCACGUCUGAGUCAUCUCCAACGGCACAAGCUCAUCCACACGGGAGAAAAGUCACAUCAGUGUGGAGCGUGUGGGAAGAGUUUUAUGCGAGAAGAUCAUCUCAAACAACACCUUCUCAUCCAUACGGGCGAGAAGCCCUUUCGCUGUGAAGAAUGUGGCAAGAGUUUUCGUCAAAAGGUUAGCCUUUAUACACACAUGCCCAUUCACACAGGAAAGAAGCCGUAUCACUGCUCGCAGUGUGAGAGAAGUUUUGUCGAACUGCGUGCCCUACAAAACCACCAGCGGACACAUACAGGACUGAAGUCGUUCCACUGUUCACAGUGUGGAUUGAGCUUCACUCAGUUAAGAUCACUAAGGGCUCACAGGUCCCUUAAACAUAAAGCCAAAAGCUCAAAUUAAGUUUUUUUUUUUUAAAGUGAGGUAAAGGGAAAUUCUGGGAUAAGGCGACAAUAUGAAUCGAUUUUAAUGUUGUGUUUUAAUUUAGUGUUCAUUACUUUCAUAAAAGCAUCUCUAUCUUUUGAUAAGUUACUAAUAGUUCACUUUCAGAUAAAAUAAGCCUAAUUCAUUGUGCCUUGACUUUGAUUGUGCCUAUAUUGUGAUCUGCUAGUGUUUGUUGAUGUCACCCAGCUUUGGCUCACUUUCAGUAAGGGGAUUGGGAUUGUUAGCGAGUUCAAGCAAAAGUUAAUCUUCCAUUAGGACGAUUGUGUUUGUUUAAGAAAUCUGUAAAAUCUGUCGUAGGCUAAUAACGAUGGUCGAUUUUUGGGAGGAAUAUGAAA